GAAGGAAUCGGUGCGUGCAAAUUUGUUCCAUACUGCCACUGGAAUACCUACAUAUUUACUGAGAUAACUGAGUCUUGACUUGAGCAGGAAGAAGUUGCAGCCUCCUGGCCCGGCGUUUUUUACGCAAAAAGAUCCUCGCCUUCAACCCAUAUCCUUCCUCCAAACGCUCCAGCUAGAGCUACCCAUAGUAGGAAAUUUCCAAAAGGUCCCCUCUCCCCUCCCUGUUCUUCCUAGGUGUUGGUGAUCCCCUUUUUCUUCUUCCCACUCACGGUGACGGGACGGCGGCCGAGCCCAACACAAGAACAAGCACGCCGCCUACUCCUUCCCUUCCACCCAAGUCACAACCCACCCACCUCCACCUCCACCUCCACCUCCAUGGAUUUCUUCUCCAAUAGCCUUCCUCACCCUCCUCCUUCCUUCUACUAGACCGGCGUGGCGGUGGAGAUCCAGCUGCUCCUUCUCGUCCCCCAGGGGUGGCGUGGAGUGGGGAACCAUCCAUCCGGACUUGGGAUUGACUUCUUCUUUUGUCGUCUUGACAAAUGCUGAGACCAUUUUCACUUCUGAUAUAAUACUAUGACGCAUUUUCAUCGAUUUCCUUGGGCAAUGUCAUAUGAUUAUCGGUCUGCCAUUGAGGGGCCACAUGAAUUUCAGUGGCGGUUAGAAGCCUACAACUAUACAUUGACUUUGUUGAAAGUUGCGGCUUGAUUUAUUAACCAUUCAUGUUGAGGACAAAGCAACUCGGCACACUAGCACAGUGUGCACGAUCCUUCUAUCUUAAUGGGUCAAGGUGUGGUAGCACAGAUGGAGCUUCAUGCACUUGCCCUGAGGAUGAGACUUGUGUUCCAAAAAGGCAGACUGCAAGUGGUAUCGAGCAGAAGUCUCAUUCAACCCACAGAGCUUCUGUGAAGACUCAGCCUCCUGUACAAUAUGUUGUUGGAUCAAUUGGACAGUCUACUGGCUACCCAGCUCCAGCUGUUCAUGCCAUUCCCUCCACCUCAUCUCCAGAAAAGGAGCCUGUAUCUAGUAACAGAAGCAAUCAUCCUCGUAAUCAUCAUCAGGUUCUAGGAAGUGAUUAUGUACAGCCAUCUAAGCAGACUGCCAGAAGCAUUUCUCAGUCUGGAAUUGCAGGAGCUGGUGUAUAUUCCGAGCUGGUUAAUUUCAGGUCCACAUCUAAUAAUGGAAGCACUGAUCAGGCUUCACAGACAGAUACUAACUAUUCUUAUCAGCCUUUAUCUGACAGCCGUUCUUCUAAUAAUAGGGCACAUAAUCAACAUAACUUUCCAGAGACAAAGGCGCCUUAUAACCCUUCCAUGAACAAUGAUUUCGGGAAGGUUACCCCAAGAGCAGGCUCUGCAAAACCAAAGCAGAAUUUUUCAGGGCCAUCUGUUAUGGUUUCUGGUUCUCCAUCACAAAUAAGGAAUCAAGGACAUCCUGGUCAGCACCAUGCAAACUAUCAUUCUAAUAAUUUCCAUUCAGACGUCAGGCGUGAUGAAGUUCAAACUUGGAACCUGUCAGUUCCGAAUGGUUUGUGUGGUUCUGGUAACAAGUCGCAGGGUCCUACAGGAACAAUAAAAGCUCAUGGCGGCGGACCUCAAUCUAACUUAAGAUCAUUGAAGUCACUGCGGGCAGUUGAACAAUACUACCACACACUGCAGCAAAUGAAAUGGGGUCCGAUGACAGAACAUGUCCUGGAUAGUCUUCAUUGCAAGAUAGAUGCAUUCCAGGCUAAUCAAGUACUCAAGCUGCUUCAUGACCACACUAUCGCCCUUGGUUUCUUUCAAUGGUUAAAGCGGCAACCAGGGUUCAAGCAUGAUGGUCAUACCUACACAACCAUGAUAGGCAUCCUUGGACAAGCUAGGCAAUUUGGUACAAUGAGGAAAAUUCUUGAUGAGAUGAGCAGAGUUCACUGCAAACCAACUGUGGUAACAUACAACAGAAUAAUACACGCGUAUGGUCGUGCAAAUUAUCUAAGGGAGGCUGUUAAAGUAUUUGAGGAAAUGCAGGAAGCUGGUUAUGAGCCUGAUCGGGUUACAUAUUGUACAUUGCUUGACAUCCAUGCUAAAGCAGGAUACCUGGAAGUUGCAAUGGAUCUAUAUGGCAGGAUGCAAGAAGUAGGCCUGUCACCAGAUACUUUCACCUACAGUGCCAUGGUUAAUUGCCUUGGAAAAGGUGGUCAAUUGGCUGCUGCUUAUAAGCUUUUUUGUGAGAUGAUUGAAAAUGGCUGCACACCUAACCUUGUUACUUACAACAUUAUGAUUGCACUCCAGGCCAAAGCAAGGAAUUAUGAAAAUGUUGUUAAGCUGUACAAGGACAUGCAGGUUGCUGGGUUCCGUCCUGACAAAAUAACCUACAGCAUUGUCAUGGAAGUUCUUGGUCACUGUGGUCAUCUGGAUGAGGCUGAGGCUGUGUUCAUUGAGAUGAGGCGUGAUUGGGCUCCUGAUGAACCUGUAUAUGGUCUUCUGGUGGACCUCUGGGGCAAAGCUGGCAAUGUCGACAAGGCACUAGGAUGGUAUCAUGCAAUGCUUCACGAUGGUUUGCAGCCUAAUGUCCCUACCUGCAAUUCGCUCUUGAGUGCUUUUCUGAAGAUAAACAGAUUUCAAGAUGCCUACGUCAUGCUUCAGAACAUGCUUGCUCAAGGACUAGUUCCAUCUCUGCAGACUUACACCUUGCUGCUCAGCUGUUGUACCGAGGCUCGUGCACAGAUGGGUUUAUGCUGCCAGCUCAUGGCGAUCACUGGACAUCCAGCUCACAUGUUCUUGCUGUAUUUGCCUGAUGCAGAACCUGGUGGCCAGAACAUUAGGGAUCACACUGGGUAUUUCUUGGACAUGAUGCACAGUGAGGACAGAGAGAGUAAGAGGGGUCUAAUGGAUGCUGUCAUAGACUUCUUACACAAGUCUGGCUUCAAGGAGGAAGCUGGCAUCAUAUGGGAGGUUGCUGCUCAGAAGAAUGUGUACCCGGAUUCCGUGAGGGAGAAAGGCUCAUCGUAUUGGCUUAUCAACCUUCAUUUGAUGUCUGAGGGCACUGCAGUGACUGCACUGUCCAGGACACUCGCCUGGUUCCACAGGCAGAUUCUGACAUUGGGCACUGGCCCAGAAAGAAUUGACAUUGUGACCGGAUGGGGCAGGAGGAGCAGGGUGACUGGAUCGUCGCUGGUUAGACAAUCCGUUCAAAAGCUUCUGAACCUCUUCGAAUUCCCAUUCAUCCCCACUCGUGGAAAUACUGGCUGCUUCGUCGGAUGCGGGGAGCCACUCAAUAGAUGGUUGCACAAUCCUUAUGUUGAGCGCAUGCAUUUGUUGUAGUGGCUAGUGAGGUUAUUGGUCAGGUCAGAAAUUAAAAAAAAACUUAUUUAAGCUGGUGCAGUUUUGUGGAAGAAUCAGCUUGCAUAAAGAUCCGGCGCACCUGCUUCAGUUUGGUCUUUACUCUUGAGAGUGUGUUAGUCAGGUGUAGUAUGGGUAUGGUAGUCGGAUGGUUCAUGCUUCAAAACUAUUUAUUAUGAUUGUGAUAACAUUUAGAGAUGCAUUGUUGCGUUUAGCAUGAGAUAAAUUGGUCUGAAUUAGCCUAUAAGAAGUGUUGCAUGUUUCAGUA